AUGCAGGCUGCGGCCAUCUCGCGCGCCGUGAACGCGCCAGCGGCGCGACCCGCGCCGUCCCGGGCGAACCGCGGCGUGCCGAAGCGGUGCGUUCGGACGAUCAUCGCGCGCGGAGUUCCCUCCGUCUCCACGUCUCCUGGAAGCGCGCCAAUCGAGACCGGCGCCGUGCUGUCCCCGACGCUCGUGGACAACCCCGCGGAGUACGCCGAUCGCAAGGUUAAGCUCGUCGCGAUCGUCCCGGGGAACGGCGCCAAGUCGUUCCUCCCGUUCCCUCCCGGCCUGCCCCAGUACGGCGCGGGUCCCGACUGGAUGGAGGUGAUGGGCCACAUGGCGAUGAGGCUCACGUGGGUGGACCCGGGCUUCUCCAUGGACGUCUUCGCGCACGACGCCCCGAUGGAGGACAUCAAGGCAUCCGCGAGGGACGCGGAUGUGUUUGUGUGCGUCGACAUCCAGGAUAAGGCCCUGGCGUCUGAUCUGGCCUCGGCGCUCUCCGGGGUGGCAACCGGCGCCGCGCUCGGAUGCUGCGACGUCCUAGAGGCUGAGACCAGGGUGGUGUAUCAGCCGGUGACGCAGUUGCGACGAAUGGAGGCGAAACUCGUGCCGUGGGGGCAGGCGAACAAGGACCUGCGGCUCAUGGAGCAGGUCACCGGUUUGUUCGAUCGAAAGAACCACCUCGAUCUUCUGUUUCUACACUUGCUCCUCGUCGACGCGAGCGGCGUCCGAGUCCCGGCGGUGGACAUCAACCAGGACCUGAACCUGGGCAACGUCUGGUGCAUCGCCAGCAACUGCAACAAGCAGCUGCUGGAGUGUUACAAGAACGACAGGUGCAAGCUCUCGCUGGACUGCAUCGACGCUUGUGGCCUGAACGAUCAGGUUUGCACGUACACGUGCAUCAGGAGCUACCAGAACGAUCAGUUUCAGCUCCUCGCGCGCUGCAUGCUCCACAAGCACAACUGCCUCGGGAACGACGCCGUUCGCCCGGAGUUACCCGAGGUGCUCCCCAUGACGCACUUCAGGGGCGAGCCGUUGACGCACGACGUCGCCGAGGCCAUCAUGCAGGGGCACUACGGCGAGGGCGAGGGUAAAAAGCCGUACAGCUGGCUCGCCGUCGCCGGCCAGAACCCCGCGUACGAUCACUUCCCGUGCCAGUACCAGAUCUGGUACAGGGGUAAGGCCAAGGGUUCGUUCUGGUACAAUCCCGUGUUCAAGGUGCAAACCCUGGACGGGAAGGAGGUGUGGAGGCGAAGUGAUUACAGGUGCAAGCGCGGCGAUACCCCGGGGACGUUCUUCUUCUCGUUCAUGGACAACGGCGUGACUUCUUUGGAGUACUGGCGCAUAGUGGACGCGGCGGACGAUCUCUCCUGGUCGCUGUACUACUACGCGGGCGCGGCGAAGGUGGCAGGGCAGGCGUACAUCGGCGCGGUGCUCGCGACGAAGGAUGGGAAGUGGCCCGGGGAGGAGCACCUCGAGAGGAUUGAGAAGUCUUUGUGGGAGGGGUGUGGCGUGAAGCUGUGGGAGAUGUGCGAGGUGGAUAACUGCAACUGCGGAGGGGCGCCGCUGGACCCGUAUCAUGCGCCGGUGAUGAUGCCUUCGCUCCUGGACUCCACCGACACUGUGCUGCCUUAGACGUUCUUUAUGCGCUAACGUGUUGUUUCACUAGCUACGUG